AAGAUCAUGAGCUGAAAGUGCGCCACUUCGAUCGGCGAGGCUCGCCGUUUGUUUACGUUCAUUUUCGCAGCGCGCCCCCGCAGGAGCUCGUGUGGUUCCUCUGCGCCCGGGGCACGUGACUGAGAGGGGGACGCCGCCUGUCGAGGUCGAGCUUACUUCAUACAAAGAUUGAGUCUUCGACACAACAAGAACACAGGAUGCCGAACAUCAAGGUAUUUUCUGGGAGUUCCCACCCCGAUUUUGCUGCCAAGGUGGUCGAUCGUUUGGGUAUCGACCUGGGACGCGUGGUCACCAAGAAGUUCAGCAACCUGGAGACAUGUGUAGAAAUUGGAGAGUCUGUGCGUGGUGAAGAUGUCUACAUAGUUCAGAGUGGGUGUGGUGAGAUCAAUGACAACCUGAUGGAGCUUCUGAUCAUGAUAAAUGCAUGCAAGAUAGCCUCGGCUGCUCGUGUGACUGCUGUGGUCCCUUGCUUCCCUUACGCAAGGCAGGACAAGAAGGACAAGUCGAGAGCUCCUGUGUCAGCCAAGCUGGUGGCCAACAUGCUUACUGCUGCUGGGAUGGAUCACAUUAUCACCAUGGACUUGCACGCCUCUCAGAUUCAGGGCUUCUUUGAUUUGCCGGUGGACAACCUGUACGCUGAGCCAGCUGUCCUGAAGUGGAUCAAAGAAAACAUCAGUGAGUGGAAGACCAGCAUCAUUGUUUCACCAGAUGCUGGAGGUGCAAAGAGGGUUACAUCUAUAGCUGACAGUCUGAAAGUGGAUUUUGCUCUUAUCCACAAGGAGAGGAAGAAAGCCAAUGAGGUUUCUGACAUGGUGCUAGUGGGCAACGUCACAGACCGAGUGGCGAUCCUGGUCGACGACAUGGCUGACACCUGUGGGACCAUAGUCAAGGCAGCAGACAAGCUGAAGGAAGCUGGAGCAACCAAGGUUUAUGCUAUCCUGACUCAUGGUAUUUUCUCAGGUCCAGCCAUUGCUCGGAUCAACGGAGCCUGCUUUGAGGCUGUGGUCGCCACCAACACCAUCCCUCAGGAUGAGCACAUGAUCCAGUGUGAUAAGAUCAGGUGCAUUGAUGUGGCCAUGAUAUUCGCAGAGGCCCUGAGAAGAACCCACAAUGGCGAGUCUGUCUCUUACCUGUUUGCCAAUGUGCCCUACUGAGUGACCAGAAGGAUGAAAGCUGCAUCUGUGGCUGGCAUUAGAUGGAGGACUGUGGCAUGUCUGGUUACAUAAUCUGAUGAAGCAGAUUUUUGCUUAUUUGGAGCCAAGAUUUGGUUGCAGCUGGUGUUACUGGAUUUGAACUGAAGGCAAACAAUUCAGUUGAAGCAUCCUCUUGGUCAGUUGUACCAUGAUGACUGAGAAACAUGGGCAUAAAUAAUCUGUGCAAUACAUGCUGGCCACCCUCAGAAAUAAGUAAAUCAUUCCAGUGCCAUGCACGUUUUCCCUGCACAGCUUGGUAGAAAGGAACUGUAUACUCAUACCCUUUUCUUUAUAAACAGUAGGUAGAUUGCCUCAACUAACCACAUAACAUUUACUCUACCAAUGUUGUUCAUUGUUUUUCCCGUGCAGUAUUGCCACUGUCGGUGGCUGGCUGAAUCAUUAGCUACUAGAGUGUGAAGAUAGUUAGGACUGUAACAUGACAACAUUUGAAUUGAAAACUGUUAUUGGCAAGCUGUGACAAGGGUGAGGCCUGCUGUAACGCAGUUUGUUUCACAUUUCCCCCUGCCAAAUCAGAAGCUGAUGUUUAGUGGCGGUUUUGUACGCGAGCAGUUUUCUCAUUUGAUAUCGCAUGUACCUCUGGAUGACUGCAUUGGUUAUUGUGAAUGUGAAAAGCGAAUAUAAUGUGCAUACUUGUCAACA